CCAAAUUCAAAUUUUAUCCCUUCGACCCCACUCUCCCAAUACUCUCUUCUUCCCCUUUCCCUGCAAACCCUAACUUCCCAAAUUAACCCCUAUCUUUGAUAGAAGAAUCUUCCGCACUAUCUCCUCGGUCCCCUCCUUCCUCUUCCGCACAAUCUCACGGCCUUUCAUUCCGCAAAUCGAUGGCCAAGAAUUGGAUUUGAGUUUCCUCGGAUGCAAUUCACUGACCCCCAAGUACUCUCCUGAAAAAGAGCUCUGUGAGUCCACGUCGUACUCUAUUCGUGUUCUUGGCUUCGAACAUGGCCUCUCGCAACCAGAACCGGCCUCCUCGUAGUCCAUCCGCUAAAAAGGAUGGUAUCGACCAAGUUCCCUUCGACAAGCGUCGGAAGAUUGGGUUGGGAAGAACGGUAGGACCAGCAAGCACAGGCCGUAUGCGGCAGCCAUUUGCUGUGGUUAACAGUAGGCAAGAUGGUACGGGUAAUAGUGAUAUGGGCAGUGCUGAGGGUUCAGAGUGUGGAACUGUAGAGUUUACAAAGGAAGAAGUUGACGCAUUGUUGAAUGUAAAGUUUAAGGGAAAGCAGUUUGAUUUUAAGGGGAAAUUGGAACAAAUGACUGAGCAUAUUAAGAGGCUCAAACUUUGCAUCAAAUGGUUCCAACAAACUGAAGAAAACCAUGUUCUUGAGAAGGAAAAGCUUCAAAGUGUGAUGGAAUCUGUUGAAAAAAAGUGCAUGGAUACUGAGGUGGAGAUGAAAAGCAAGGUGGAAGAGUUCAAUCUGAUUAUUUCAGACUUGAAAAAAACUGUAUCUUCUUUGGAGGAGAGAGUUGCAAAGGAAGAAUCAGAUAAGUUGGAUGCGAUUGAAUGCCAUAGAAAAGAAAAAGAAGCAAGGGUUGAUGGUGAGAAGUUGCAAGCUCUUCUUUCAUCAGACCUUGAAAAGGCUCGGCAGGAGAAAUCAGCUGCUGAACAGAAGGCAGCCUCCUUUGAGGAUAUGUAUAAGCGAGCACAAGAGUAUAAUGUGAGUUUACAACAGUACAACAGCAAGCUUCAAAAAGAUAAUGAAACACAUAGCGAGUCACUCAAAAGAGUUGAAAUGGAGAAAUUGACUAUUGUGGAAAACCUUAGCAAUUUAAGGUGCCACAACAAGGCAUUACAAGAUCAAUUAACUUCAUUCAAAGCUUCACAGGAUGAGUUUAUAAAGCAAAAAGAAUCAUUAUCAAAUGAACUAAGAUGCCUUCGCGGGGAACUUCAACAAGUGAGGCAUGACCGUGAUCACCAAGUGACAAAGGUUCAGGCUUUAACUGCAGAAGUGGUGAAGUACGAAGAAUUCACUGGGAAAUCAUGUGUAGAGUUGGAUAAUUUGACAAUAAAAUCAAAAGCCUUGGAGGAGACAUGUUCAUCUCAAAGGGAGCAGAUUCGCAUACUGCAGCAACAACUUGCUGCUGCAAAUGAGAAAUUAAAGAUGGUUGAUUUAACUGCUUCAGAGACCAGAGCGGAAUAUGAGGAGCAAAAGAGAAUUGUGCAGGAACUACAUGAUCGCCUAGCAGAUACAGAACUGCAGCUUAGUGAAGGAGAGAAAUUAAGAAAAAAACUGCACAAUACUAUUCUGGAGCUCAAAGGGAACAUUCGUGUUUUUUGCCGAGUUCGUCCCCUGUUGCCUGAUGAUGGUGUUGCAACAGAAACUGCUGUAAUUGCUUACCCUACAUCAACGGAAGCUCUAGGCCGGGGCAUUGACUUGAUGCAAAGUGCAGGGCAGAAGUAUCCUUUCACAUUUGACAAAGUGUUUACGCAUGAGGCUUCUCAGCAGGAUGUUUUUGUAGAAAUAUCCCAGCUUGUACAAAGUGCACUUGAUGGGUACAAGGUGUGUAUAUUUGCUUAUGGCCAAACGGGUUCAGGUAAAACAUAUACCAUGAUGGGUAGGCCAGAAACCUCAGAACAGAAAGGGCUGAUACCUCGUUCACUAGAACAGAUCUUCCAGGCUAGUCAGUCGCUUCAAGUGCAGGGUUGGAAAUACAAAAUGCAGGCUUCAAUGUUGGAAAUAUACAACGAGACCAUCCGCGAUUUAUUAUCAACAAAUCGAUCAAAUGGUUUGGACAUGUCACGGACAGAAAAUGGCGUUCAAGGAAAACAGUAUACUAUUAAGCAUGAUGCAAAUGGAAACACACAUGUUUCUGACCUCACCGUUGUUGAUGUUUGCAGUAUAAAAGAAAUUUCUUCACUUCUGCAGCAGGCUGCAAAAAGCAGGUCCGUGGGCAAGACACAAAUGAAUGAGCAGUCAUCAAGAAGCCAUUUUGUCUUUACAUUGCGCAUAUCUGGCGUAAAUGAGAACACUGAGCAACAAGUACAGGGGGUUUUAAACCUCAUUGAUCUUGCUGGAAGUGAGCGGCUAUCAAAAAGUGGGUCAACUGGAGACCGGCUGAAGGAAACUCAGGCUAUCAAUAAAAGUUUGUCUUGUUUGGCCGACGUAAUAUUUGCAUUGGCAAAGAGGGAGGACCAUGUUCCUUUUAGGAACUCCAAGCUGACAUAUCUUCUCCAGCCAUGCCUAGGUGGGGACUCCAAGACCUUGAUGUUUGUAAACGUCUCCCCCGAUCCUUCUUCAAUUGGCGAGUCUCUCUGCUCUCUGCGGUUUGCUGCCAGAGUCAAUUCCUGUGAAAUCGGAAUACCCCGGCGUCAGACAACAACAAUGCGGCCAUCAGAUUCCCGUUUGAGUUAUGGCUGACCACGUGCUCCACAGCUGUCUGCUUUUCUGGGCCAUCUACAAUUCACACAGAGUAACUGUUAUAUGUAAGAGUAAUAAUGAUUGUAAUGCGUAUAAUGGAGUGGAUUGGUGGUGUCAAUUGAUUGUAGUCCUGUUUCUAUCUUACUACUAACUUGUACUUUAGAUUUAUGCUUAGGGUCUUGAAUUUAUUGUUGGCCCUGAGAGAGAGAGUCCUCCAAUUCUAUAUUAAAACGUUCACUACUCGAAAGAGUUAAAAUUGGUUUUGUUGAUUA